GCAUAGGUUCCACCCGGUCUUUGAUUAUCCGGAGAUUACAGGGGAUAUUGGCAGGUCCUUAGCGGAUGUAGACGAAGUACUCAGGACCUACCGAGAACACCUGAACGAGGCUUAUAGCGCAGUCAUUACAUCGGACUUCAGCGAAGUAGACGCGAUAUGGACUGACUAUUGGGAUCACCCACCGGAUGGUAUGGAUAGAGAUGCGAUUUUGUCAAAUGCUUUGGUUUUGGAUAUCCUGACGAUGUGGGAGAGCGAAUUCUGUGAAUCGUUAGUCCAGGCUCUAUUUCCGCAUGUGUGUGGGCCCAUUCAUCCAACACUGCUAAAGAACACGCGCGAAUUCAUCCGCUGUGCUCCGAAGGCCAUGAUGCGCGUUAUGCAGUCAGUGGUACCAGAAGUGGGGGUCAUGAAGCUCAACCAACUGGACAAGUUUGUCAUAUGUCUUCAGAAACGCCUGUCAGUAGAUAACCUGUGCCAGGCACUGCGCGCCGUCUUACAGGACGAAGAGAUUGUGGACCAGAUGGCCUUUGACUGGGCUAGGAUUGACUUUAAUGAAGUUUGUCUGUGUCUGUUGUGUCUCUAAAACCCUAAACCCUAAAACCCUGUCUGUGUCUGUGUCUGUGUAUGUGUAUGUGUCUGUGUCUGUGUCUAUGUCUCUCUCUCUCUGAUUGUGUGUGUGUGUAUGUGUUUAUGUGUGUGGUGUGUGUGUUUGUGGGUGUGUGUGUGUGUGUAUGUGGGUUUAUGUGUGUGGGGGCAGAGUUAGUGCAUGGAUGUAAAUCUUCGUGCAUGCAAGCUUACAUUUUGAUGUCAUGUAUUGCUUUUUUUUUC